CCUGUGUUAACUUCUUCUGAUAUUUUUUGAUGUUGAUUAGAACCUCUAAGGUUUAAUGGGCGAAAAUUCGCCAAAUCCAAUACCUGAACGUGCUACGUAUGGAUUUAUACUCUACUUGAUAGCCAAUUUUGGUUUCGUUUUGUAUCUGAUCUGGGCAUUUGUGCCAGAAGAGUGGCUUCAUCAUGUUGGUAUUACGUACCUGCCACAAAGGUACUGGCUGUUAGCUGGACCCAUCUAUGUACUGCUGUGUUUACUAGCUGUCAUCUUUUUCUAUGUUUCUUAUAACCUUCUGAUUACACCACCACUUUGUUCUAUCAAUACCAUUACAGAUGAACAUGCAAGAUACUUAGCCGAAGAUGAAUCACUCACACUGACUGAAACUCACAUCCCUCCCCUAGGAGAUAUUCCAAUCAGUCAAGUCAACAGAGAUCUUUAUUAGAAAAUACAGCCUUAAUGUUAAGCCAGGGCUUAUAAUAACAGCCAAUUAUUUGCUGGUCAUGAUCACAGGCCAAAUAAUAUUAGUUCGUACCUCAUUUUCUGGCUAAAUCUUACUGGUCAAAAUGACCACCAAGGCAAAGAUUUGACUAGACAAAACCCAGUUCUUUAACCAUUAGAGAUAUUUGAUAUAUGGCUUAGAUUAGCCCAGAUAUUAUAUAUGUAAUGUUUAAUAAACGAGCAGGAGUGUUUUAUCGGGUAUAAAACACGAGGCGCAGCCGAGU